AUGCCAGUAGCACUUUCGAGUAAUAACGAAACCAUGGCCGGCGAGCUGAUGCUUGGAGACUUCUUUCCAGAUUUCGCUACUAACGAUUUUUGUUCCACACAGCCAAGCCAAUUAUGGAUGUCCGAGAUCUUCGAGACACUUGAUGAGCAACAUGUGAAUGAAGAUAUGCUGGCAGAAAAUUCGGUCGAUGGCAUGAAGACAAAAUUAGAUGCCCCACUUUCUGAUAUUAUGAAUGGUGAAGAUGACUUUUUUGUCGGAGACGAAGUAGAAAUAAGUGAAUCCACCCCGUUAGGAUCUAUUCUGCUAGAUGACACUGGCAAUUCUGAUGAAUCCAGUGGUUAUGCUUCGUGCGUGCAGUCCUCCAAAAGUGGUUCACCGACUCCACCUCGUCUAAAGACUAUCCCGUCACGUCAUUCUGCUGUUCGUGUAGUUUCACCUCCAAAUACAGUGUCGCUAACCAAUUCGCCGCGAAAAAUCCAUGUAACGCGCAUCGAUCCUCCCAAGUUUGGGACUCAUACAGUUCAAGCAGUUAUACAUAAAACCCCUCCGAAGACGUUGGGCGUGAAAGCGAAUCGUGUUCACUUCAUUUUACGACCAUUUUCUGCAGAGUCUUCGAAUAUAUCACUGUCAUCUGACGCGGUGAAUUCUCAGCAAAAGACAAGUACUUCUCAGAAAAUAUCUUACCUGAAUGAAGGUUCACGUAUCGCAAAUUCUGAAGAUAUAUAUGAGUUAGUGCGUAACACUAAACAAGAAGCACCUUUUGACCAUAAUGAGGUUUUACAGUCAUCAACAUCCAUUGGUUCGCAUUCAAGUUCGGAAUCAGACAGCAGAGACAACUUUGACGAUGAAAUGACAUGCCAAGAAUUCUUUCUAGACCAUGACAACAUCACUACAAGUCCAUCUAAUGGAAUUGGUUCUCGUAAGCUGCUAGCUAAUCACUUAAAUUUCGACCUUACAAGCCAUUCUGAAGAUAUAUCAUCUGGCAAAGGUCUUUCCAGAUUGUCUGAUAUUGAUUCAUUAAUAUACAGUGACAGUCCACUGAAUGAGUAUCGAAAGUCAAAUAAGGUUGCACAGCAGCACUUUUUCCACGAUCAGCUGCACUCACGUAUGCGUGGACCAACACGAAUUGGACGAUCUGAAAUCAAUCAUCCUCAUAUGCUUGUACUUACAGAAGAAGAAAAGCGUACAUUAAUUGCUGAAGGUUAUUCAAUCCCAACACGCCUGCCUUUAUCUAAGCAAGAUGAAAGAAAUCUGAAAAAAGUUAGACGGAAAAUAAAAAAUAAAAUAAGUGCUCAAGAAAGUCGUCGCAAGAAAAAAGAAUAUCUAGAGGCUCUAGAAAGGAAAGUAAGUAUUUAUUCACAAGAAAAUAUAGACUUGAAACGCCGUGUUGACGGGUUGGAAAGUACAAAUCGUUCUCUUUUGGGUCAACUCCGUCUUUUACAACAACUUGUCAGCAAAUCGAAAUUGAAUAAUGCUUCAGGAUCGUCGAAUUCUACUGAUUUACAUAAAACAAGUAGUCAUCAAAAUCGUCUGACUACCAACUCUAGUGGAAACAGUGAUUCUGUUCAUGGAAUUAAUCACAGUAACGGUUCGCCAUCCACUUGCCUGAUGGUGUUCGCCUUGUGUUUUGCUGCUCUUCUUAUUGGACAGCCUUCAGGAAACGAAAAUCAAAGCUCGUUGAAUUUAGGCCUAAGUUACACACUGAGUUCCCAGAAUUCGUUCAAUUCAUGGAUGUCUCAAGUCCCUCAACGACUAGUAUCCAGUUCAUUAUCUCAGCUUGGUUACGAUUUAUCAAAACAGUCCCGGCCAGCUAUAUACACACAUGAUCCACACAAUAAAAACACUCUGAUGGAUGCUUACAUUACCCAGUCAAUUAGUGAUCAUCUGCCUUCUGGAUAUUCGUCUCAUCCAAACAAUCAUCAUUAUUCGCACCCGUCUCCCUUCACUCAAAAGCCACAAGUUCAACGCUCAAGACUUUUGGGUGAAGCUAGUGAAUUGGAAGAUUGUGCACCAGUUCAGUCAUUCUGGUCUUAUUUAUUCGGUAAUCCAACUUCAACUAGAAAUCAAGUUUGUGGUCGGAACACUGAUUCAUUCAAGAAUGAACUUCAUCUUAUUGACGCUAUGGAACAAAGUCUAUUAAUGACAUCAUCAAAUAAUGAAACAGAUCGUUCCGACUAUUCAAGAUAUAAUAAAACCAAAAACUCACUUCAGUUUAUUUGGUCUCCUGUGAUAGAAUCAUUUUAA